UCAGAAUAGUAUCAUAUUUAGAUACAUUUGAUUAUACAAUAAUGGCAUUUAAAUUUAGUGUUAAGUCUGCGCUCGCGGCAGUUCUCUGCGCUCUAUUCAGCUUGAAAAUCGUAAAGGCCAUCAAUGUCAACAUUGUUCUAGAUGGAGCCGUUUAUGAACGAUCUGUUACGGGAGAUCUCUGUAGCGUAAUUGCUGCAGCUGAUUCUGCCAUAGUUAAAAGUACAUUACCCUUUAGUUCAAUUGAUGUCAUUCCUGAACAUUGGGUGCUUUAUAUUAACGGUGUAUCUUUACCUGUCACACAAUGCGAAGCUAAUGACGCUCUCCUCCAGCCUUUGGGAUUAAAAGACAAUGACUUCAUUUAUUUAUUCCGAAGUGAAUAUGCCUACCAGGAUCCUAUUUAUGCAGCAGAAUACGUGAAAACAUUCUCGAAGAGCUUUGGAGAUCGCAUUAAGCCACCGAAGAAAUCUGCCGAAGCUACCAAAAAGCUAUCGAAGAAACGUGCUGAAUCGAAGAAAAGUAAGAAUGUUUCCGAUGAUUCCAAGGAGUUGGUUGCAUUGAUUAGUGUUCUGGCGAAGACAUUUUUAUCGAACACAUUAUCUAGUGCAUUUGCAAUGGAUAAGCCAUCUUCUAGCACCGCAGUAAAGUCUAGUGAGGUAACUACACCAGAGAUUGCUGACAAGCCGGAGGGUUGGAACGUCGAUAUGCUUGCGGACAUUGUUAGUUCACUAAGUACGGUACAAGCUACUCCAGCUCAGUCAGAUGUAAAGCCAAUUGUUAAAGAUGACUUGUGAAAUACUACACAUCUAUAUUUACGCUAAGUCCUAGGUUCCCUGGAAGUACGCCGCAUGUAAAGCCAUAAGGUCCUAGUAGUCGUGAGCUCUCGUCUGGCACACAACUAAUCUGAACGUUACCUUUACCCCUGAUACAAAUUUAGACUUAACAUUGGUGAA